AUGGCCAUUUCUGACCAGAUCAAUAACGACGACUUGAAGGCUUUCCGUGACGACCUCAAAAGGAAGGCCAUCAGGAACUUGGCCAGGAAGCGGGCUGUGGAUCGGCAGCAACGCGCGGUGGAAAAGGCACGACAACGGGCCCGCCUGGAGACUAGGAAACGCAAACUCAAAGGUGGUUUCGCCAAGGGCGGCAAAAGCCAAGGCAAAGGCCCGCCCUGCAAAAGCGAAGGCAAAGGCCCGUCCUGCCAUCCUAGACGAAAGCCCAGCUGGCCCGGCAGCCCCAGCAGCGCCGCUGCCCACGCCAACGCCAACUCCGAGCGCAGGGUUGGCCGCGGGGGCGCCUGA